ACCAUGGUGGAGCUUUAGCUCGCGCAUAGCAGCGAGGGUCUACAACAUUGGAUAUGACUACUCUUGACUAGCUGUCUCCUUUCCUUAUUCUCCGUUCUCUCGAGCAAGAUCAUGCCCGAAUCUGGUACACCUUCCUACCACCUCUCUACCAGAUGAAUCGCAUAUUCGAGCGACUAUUCUCUCUGUUCUCUAUGAAAGGACCGCCGACGGCUAGUCCUAGUCCUCCUCCGGCUGGACUGGAAAGGACCCCCUCUCAGAGCCCGAGCACGGAACUCGAACCUGUCUCGGUCGUCGCUUAUCCUCCAGCUGGACGGGAGAGGACCCCCUCUGAGAGCCUGAGGAUGGGACCCAAGCCUGUCUCUGUCGUUGUCUCUCCUCCAGCCUUUGAUCUAGAACCCUACGAAUCCUUUGAUGAAGAUUUUCUUCAACGCACAGUUGACGAGAUUCUUUCUGAUCAGGCUAGUUUUGAGAAUAGCUUUGACGAGUAUUCGGGUGAUAGGAUGAUGGAUGGGAGUUGUGAUAAGAGAGGAAGCAUAGGGGCUAAUUCUAGGGUUGGGGGCUCGGAAUGUAACAGGUCGCCUUAUUUUCCGAGUAAGGUUGCUGGGAUGAGAUUUGUGGCGCAUAGGGUUAUUCGGAAGAUGGAGAGUACCGAUGAGGAGAGUGAGGAAGAGGAAGAGGAAGAGGAUGAUGAUAUUGAGGGCUGGGAAGCUGACCGAUUCUAUGGUGGUCAAAGUGGAAGCAAGUUGAAGAGACGAGACGAAUUGGAUCGUACCGCUGCUGCUAAGAUUAAACUUGAGCAUCUGCCAGAAGAUGAGAUACGGGUGGAAGAGCUUGGCACUGCGGUCCCUGCUUCUACUGUGGUUAGUGUUGAUGACAAUGCCUGCGACGAUGGAGAUCUCGAAGAGGUUUCGGAGGAGAAAUACGUUUUUGCUUCUGUUGGCGAUGAGGAGCAUGAUCGCCUUGUCAACUUCCUUGCUGAACACCCUUUCAUGUGCGCAGGCGCAUAUCCUGUGAAGCGAUCUGCGCGGCGCAGCUUCAUAAAAGAUGUACGGCGCGAGGCCUCCAUUUCUGGAAUGGACGAAGGCGCCCUUAACGUGUUGUUAAAAUGGGUCAAGAAAACAUACCUUGAGGUCCUUGAUGUUCCCAAUGUGGACAAGGAAGGGUCGGACUUCGGUGAUGAGAUUGAUGACGAAAAUUUGGUUGAUGUGCAGCCACCAAAGGCAUCGAAGAAAGAGCGGAAGAGAAAGAGGGCCGGUGUUGAGCACACGAGAGAAAAGGCCCCGGGAAAGAAACGAAAGUCCCUCAUGAGGGAUUCUCACGACUCAAUGACACCUACCGAACACAACGCGCGUAUAACCAUAGAUGUUGAUAGUGGUGACUCUGCGAUUGUGAACUCCAACUCCCCUUCCCCGGACAUCCAGGUUUUGGAAAAGGCUCCGGUUUUCCAGACCGGGCCUCAACGUACGCUUACCGCUGUUCUGGAUAAAUCGGAGGAUACACAGACUCAUAGAGCAAGAGCCGACAAGGUCGCUGCUACAAGACCAGCUACUCCUUCAAAGGAAAGACGCAAUGAGAGGAGCACUCCUACCAAGACGUCCUCGCUGUCAAAGCUUUCUAGGUCACAUGGCGAUUGUAUUUCUAAUAAUAGUAUGGGCAGCCAGAUGGGAAAACUGAGAGUAUCUCAGGGGCUCUCUUCACAGGCAGACCCUCCCAGAAAGCACGACUUCCUUUUCGCCGCGAAGCCUCCAACUUCCAAAUUGGAAGUUCCAAAGUCACCAAAGAUCCCACAUGAUGAUAACGAAAGUCGCAAGAAGGAAGCGAAACACAGAAAGCGUCAACGACGCAGAGAGAGAAGGAAGUCUAAACAGUCCGAGACAAUGUCCGGAAUUGGCCAGCCUUCUGGCAAAGACCAGCAGAACAGUCAUACGGCAAGCCCAGUGUCACACGAGAAACCAGUGGUGAACACUCCGGUUGUGCAUAAUAAGAUGUUCCUGGAAGACCCAUUUUGGGAUAUGGAUUUUUAGAAUCCGAUGAUUCGCAAGGAUUGACCACCUGCGCUGAGGUGAGGUCGAAGUAUUUUGCAGGGUUACCAAGGCAGUCUAUGAAGGGAAGAACCACCACUCUUAGCAAGGCGACAAAAUCGUUGAAGCGUUCAAUACCUGAAGAAACAAGACUUAUUUUA